AAAGAUCCGAUUAAAUACGGAAUAACUUGGAGAUCGACAGAUUGGUAAAAUCAGUGUAACUGCAUAAAUUACAGGCCAUAGAGACCCAUGUUUUGCUUGAAGGAGUAUAAAUGACCUCUCAAGAAGACAGGGUGGAGACUUUAUCAUUGUAACUCUCGUCUCUCAUUAAUCUCCAAAUCCUUUUCAGGGUCAUUGAAGACUCGGGCAUCAUUACAGAGCACAACAGAGCAUAGGAACCCACAUUGUACGCCUCCUAAAACACUGACUGGCUGUUAUGAAAUGCCAUCUUUAAUUUGACUGUACAGUGAAAGUUCUGUGCGGUUCUUGGAGAUUCUUCUGAUCUUGUGGGAAUGGGAACGGAUUUCGGUUAAAGGAAAACAGCCGCGUUUUAGGGCAAUAGGGAUGCCUGUUGUACCUGCAUUAGGAGGUAUUGCACUACCACCCCAAAUGUCUCCGAUAAUGGAGGUGGACACAGAGGAGGACCAGGAAGACCUAAUUUCUGCUCCAAAUGCAGGACGCUUAUUUAACGUCAACAACAGCAACAACAAUGAUGAGGAAGAAAAGAAGAACAAGAAGAAAAAGGAGAAAAAAGAGAAGAAGGAGAAGAAAGACAAAAAGGAAAAGAAAGAGAAGAAGCAGAAAAAGCAGAUGAAACUGAAAGAAGAGAAGGAGAAAGAAAAUGAAAAAGAAAAAGAGAAGGAAAAGGAAAAAGAAAAGGAAAAAGUUAAAGAGGAGGGGCCUAAAGAGGUGUUUGUGAUUAACCCAGCGGGACUUCUGUAUUAUCAAUGGCUGUUUAUAAUCACCAUUCCUGUCAUGUAUAAUUGGACAGUUAUCAUUGCAAGAGCCUGUUUUGAGGAACUGCAGCAUGAAUAUAUACUGAUAUGGUUCAUCUUGGACUACACCUCUGACCUGCUUUACUUAGCCGACAUGGCCUUCAGAGCUCGAACAGGUUACCUGGAACAAGGCUUGCUUGUCAAAGAUGAAAAGCUCCUGCUUAAGCGGUACACAGACAGCUCCCAGUUCCGCAUCGACGUGGUCUCCAUGUUACCCACAGACAUCUUCUACUUUGUUUUAGGGCUAGACUACCCCGAGAUCCGCAUUAACAAGCUACUUCGCCUGAACCGCAUGUUUGAGUUCUUCAAAAUCUCAGAAACGAUGACCAACUACCCAAACAUUUUCCGAAUCUGCACCUUGGUGAUGUACAUCAUCAUCAUUAUCCACUGGAACGCGUGCCUCUACUUUUCCUUCUCCAAGUCCAUUGGGUUUGGAUCAGAUCCAUGGGUGUAUCCCGCUCUCACUGAACCGGAGUUUGACCAGCUGUUACGAAAAUAUUCCUUCAGCCUGUACUGGUCCACACUUACCCUCACCACUAUUGGAGAGACGCCCUCACCCGAGCUUGACUCCGAAUUCUUCUUUCAUGUGGUUGACUUCCUGGUGGGCGUCCUGAUUUUUGCCACCAUUGUGGGUAAUAUUGCCACCAUGAUCUCCAACAUGAAUGCUGCCCAGGCACAGUUUCAGACACGGAUUGACAACAUUAAACAAUACAUGCAUGCGCGCCACGUCAGUAAAGACUUGGAGAAUCGUGUCAUCAAGUGGUUUGACUAUUUGUGGAAUAACAAGAAGGCACAAGAUGAAAGAGAAGUCUUGAGGUACCUGCCAGACAAGUUACGGGCAGAGAUAGGCAUGAACGUGCACUUAGAUACGCUCAAGAAGGUACGGAUCUUUGCGGAUUGCGAGGCUGGCUUGUUAAUAGAGUUGGUGCUGAAGCUUCGUCCUCAGGUCUUCAGUCCUGGUGACUACAUCUGUCGCAAGGGUGAUAUCGGACGUGAGAUGUACAUCAUAAAGGAUGGCAAGCUUGCUGUGGUGGCGGAUGACGGCGUCACUCAGUUUUGCGUUCUUGGAGACGGGAGCUACUUCGGUGAAAUCAGCAUUCUGAACAUAAAGGGCAGCAAAGCUGGAAAUCGAAGAACGGCCAAUAUUCGAAGCAUCGGGUACUCGGAUCUCUUCUGUCUGUCCAAGGAUGAUUUGAUGGAGGCUCUAACAGAAUAUCCUGAUGCUAAGACUAUGUUGGAGGAUAAAGGGAGAGAGAUUCUGCUGAAGGACGGUCUGCUGGAGUUGGACCCCGCAAAACUGAAGCCGGAUGAGAGGGACUUGGAGUACCGCGUGAACCGGAUCUAUAGCACGCUGCAGAUCAUGCAGACCAAAGUGAUGAAGCUGAUAGCAGAACAUGCAGAGACAAAUAAAAACAUCAAAAAACAGAUUGUAGAGAUAGAGCGGUAUGCCGGGGAAGAGGUAGAGGAUGAAGAUGAAGAGGAGGAAAAGACAGAAAAAACGCUACAAGAGGAGCCUACCAAGGAGGAGAAGAUGGACGACGGGACAGAGAAAAAGAAAGAGGGAGAUCCAGAGAAAGAGAGGUCAGAAGAAGAUAAAGAAAUGACGGGAGAAGUGACGAAAGAGGAAAAGGAGGGGGAACCGUAGUGCAUUAGCAAAGCAGGAAAUCUUUGGAUAAAAAACUAAAUACAUUAAAAUAACCAUAAAGAACACAAAUAUUUAUAUAGAAAUGUAUGUCAAUGUGUAUUUCAAAUCAUAAUCCCCAUUCCUUUUCUUCUUCCUUGAUGUUUUUUUUUCAGUAAGGGAUAAUGUAUAGGCAUUGUAUAGGUCUUCACUGAAGGGGCUAAAUUCGCGAUAACAACCAGCUGCUUGUACAUUAUCCCGCUUAUUACACACUAUUUACCUCAUAAGUAAGGUAAGGAACAUUAAAUAUUGAUUUUAAAUAUUAGGUAAUAUUUUAUUACCUUCCAUAAGUAAAAUCUGUUUAUCUUCAGUUUUAAGAUAAGACCAGACAAUCAAAUGUCAUGAAAAAGCUAUUUGGUUUAAUCAUUUGUAAAUAUCAUGUCAUAUUUGUUAUUAAAAGACAUAUUUAUAUUUAAUUUGUGUGUAAUAUUAAACUGCGCCUGGGUCAGUGACAAAAAUGGUUUGGCAAGAUGAGAAAUUCAAAAAUCUUUUUAAAGAACUUGUUUUAAAAGCACGCAUCAGGUUUGUUUCAAUGCACACAGUGUAUUUAUGUAAAUUUUAUGCAAUUAAAAAUUACAUUUGCACCCUU